AUGGCCGUCAGCGGCUCAACCUCGACGGCCCGGUUGUGCCGAAUUAUUGGCUGCCAUACUCUCACCAAAACUAUUCUCACCUUCAGCCUCCUCUUCAUAACCAUACCGGGAUUCUUCCACCCUCUGCGAGCCGAGCAAUACCUUUCGGACUCCAUUCACAAUAAUGACUCCCGAAGGAUUUGUUCAAGCAUGGAUAUUAGAAAUUCAUUGGAACCAUUCAAGAAAUUAGAAUAUUGCGAAGUGAUUGAAGGUUUCCUUUCAAUCUUACUCAUCGAAAAUAUCGAUCCAGCGGAAUUGUCCCAGAUCAGCUUCCCAAGAUUGACUGAAAUAACAGAUUAUUUGUUAAUGUAUAGAGUAAAUGGACUUCGUAGUAUCGGCCAAUUGUUUCCUAAUUUAUCGGUGAUCCGCGGUUCAAAUACGUUUCUUAACAAGGCGCUAGUGAUAUUCGAAAUGUCCACCCUACAGGAAAUAGGCUUGUAUUCGCUAACGGCUAUAUUAAAAGGUCAAGUAUAUAUCGACAAAAACCCCUCGUUAUGUUUCGUGAAAUCCAUCGACUGGAGCCAAAUAGUUCGAGAACAACCAGAAAAGAACAUUUUAAAAAGUCAGAAGCCAAGGAACGAGUGUCCAUUGUGUCCUUCGGUUGUUAAAAUUGGAAAUAAAACUGUACAGUGUCCCAUGAGAUCGCAAACGGAUCGGUCGGGAACAAAUUCGGAAUACUUAUGCUGGGAUAAGAAUCACUGCCAAAUCAAAUGCCCUUCUAACUGUACCGCAUGCAACGAAAGACAAGAAUGUUGUAAAAAAUCGUGUUUAGCUUGCCGAAACGACGACUCGAAUAUUUGUACGGUUUGUCCCAAGUUAACUUACAGAUUCGAUGAACAUAAAGAGUGUUUGGAUAAUUGCCCUGCUGGUCUUUACGAGUUCUCGGAAAGACGUUGUAUCAACCAAACCCAGUGUUUGCAGGCUGUUAAUAAACCUUUAGUAGUGCAAACAAAUAAUUACUAUCUUCCCAAACCUUACAAAAUCCACAUGGGUAAAUGUUUGAUGGAUUGUCCGGCCGAAUAUAUGGAAGUUAAUUCGACGUGUAAAAAAUGCUCAGGUAAUUGCAAAAAGAUUUGCCCAGGUAUGAAUAUUGAUAGCAUAGCGAUGUCGAAAAAGCUUAGAGGUUGCACGCACAUUAACGGAUCUUUAGAAGUUCAAAUUCGAGGCGGAGCCAACAUAACGGAAUUGGAGGAGAAUCUAAAAAUGAUAGAAGAAAUCAGCGGAUAUCUUAAAGUGGUCCGGUCAUUUUCCUUGCUUUCGCUGAACUUCCUCAAGCACUUGAAACGGAUAAAAGGGGAACAAAAAGAAAACGAUAAAUACGUGUUCACCGUGCGCGAUAACCAGAACCUCCAAGAUUUGUGGGACUGGACCAAUCGGACCAUCGAAAUCGAUUCCGGCAGAUUAUUUUUCCACGCCAAUCCGAAAUUGUGCUACGAUAAAAUUGUUAAACUGCAGCAAAUCGCGAAAUUAGACAAUUUUACUGAAUUGGAAGUAGCGAAAAAUUCCAACGGUGAUAAAGUUGCUUGUAAUAUUGUUCCAUUAAACGUCACAGUGCUUAAAAUAGAAUCACAAAAUGUUACCCUUUAUUGGGAAGCGUUCAUAGCGGAUGAUUACCGAAAACUUUUAGCUUACACUAUUUCAUAUGUAGAGGCUCCGUAUAAGAACGUUUCACUAUACGACGGCAUAGAUGCUUGUGGUCAGGAUAAGUGGAAUAUAAUCGAUCUCCCCAACAGAGAGGACGUUAAAGAUUUCAAUUACACAAUACCAAAGCUGAAUGCUUACACUCAAUAUGCCUUUUACGUAAAAACUUAUACCAUAGCCCAGGAAAAGAAGGGAGCGCAGAGCGAGAUCAUGUACUUCCAAACCCUGCCGGGAACGCCUCAAGAGCCCAUCAUAACGAGCGUAAGUGCCACCGAGAACACCAUGACCAUCACAUGGCAGCGACCGUGGAAACCAAACGGUCCCAUAACCCAUUACAAAAUCAACGUAACCAAGAAAUUCGAGAAACCAAUCAACUCAUCGACUGACAUCAACCACUGCAACGACGAAGGUAAAAUGUUUUCAGGGAUGGGCGAUGAACGCAAACCGACGCCCAAACCGAAAUUGAUCGGCCCCUGCAACUGCGAAGGCGAAGGCUCCAAUAAGAAGACCUUGCAAGCAUCCGACGAAAGCGAAGCCACUGAAGCCAUCAACUUUCAAAACGAAUUCUUGAAUUUGGUUUACGUGAGAAGAAAAUCUAAAAGGGACACCGCAGCAGCAGAGGCUCUCUCGAAUGUUACACAUAAGGAUGCCCCACCUAGGGAUACUUCCAUUAUCAGGCGAGUGAAUGGCACACAAAUCGUUAUUGAUGGCCUUCAUCAUUUCACCACCUAUAACAUAUUUGUUCACACAUGCCGUCGCUCUCCCGACAAUGAAACUGGAAUCGAGGAAUGCAGCGAAAAUGACGCCAGGGAAACGAUAAGAACCAAAGAGAAAGUUGGAGCUAAUACGAUAGGUAAUUUAACAGUUUUACCUAAAGGCCAGGAUAGAGAUAGUGUCAGUAUAUCUUGGGACCCACCGAAGGAUCCCAAUGGCGAUAUACAUGCAUAUAUCAUACAAUAUAGAAGAACAGAUAUACCGAGAGCCAAAGCAACAUCAGAAUGCCAUAACGUAACUAACAAAACUACCACUCAACAAUAUACAAUAACAAAAUUAAGUCCCGGGAACUAUAGUUUGUUGGUUUACGCUAAAACUCUACUGAAAAGCAAAGAUUAUUCUAAUGAAGUUUCAUUCCUGAUUCCUGAACAGUCCCCCAAUGUUGCCCUAAUAGUGUCAACGGUUAUAGUAUUGUUGAUUGCUAUUGCGAUAUUGGGAUUCAUUUGGAAAAAACAACAGAAGAAAAUAAUGUUAAUAGCUAUUAAUGCUGACUACGUUCCGAGUGUAUACAUAAAGGACGAUUGGGAAGUGUCCAGGAAUAAUAUAGAGCAAUUGAAGGAACUGGGUCAAGGCAGCUUCGGUAUGGUAUGGGAAGGCCUAGCCCACGACAUUAGAGGUCAAUCUGAAGUUAGAUGUGCUAUUAAAACUGUUAACGAACAUGCAACAGAUAGAGAAAGGCUGGAAUUUCUAACCGAAGCGUCCAUAAUGAAAGCCUUCGAUACGACGCACGUUGUCAAACUGCUGGGCGUCGUUUCCGAAGGCCAGCCGACGCUGGUGAUAAUGGAAUUGAUGGCAAACGGAGACUUGAAGUCUUACUUGCGAUCGCACCGACCCGACAUCGAGAAUUACAACCCUUCGUUGGUGAAACAUCCCCCGUCGUUGAAGCAAAUCCUGCAAAUGGCCAUCGAAAUCGCCGAUGGAAUGGCUUACCUUUCGGCUAUGAAAUUCGUGCAUCGGGACCUGGCGGCUAGAAACUGCAUGGUUUCCGAGGAUUUGGUGGUGAAGAUCGGCGAUUUCGGCAUGACUAGAGAUAUUUACGAGACUGAUUACUAUCGCAAAGGCACCAAGGGCCUGCUGCCGGUCCGCUGGAUGGCCCCCGAAAGUUUAAAAGACGGUGUAUUCACCAGCAGCAGUGACGUGUGGAGUUACGGUGUCGUAUUGUGGGAAAUGGCUACGCUGGCAUCGCAGCCAUAUCAGGGCCUCUCGAACGAUCAGGUGCUGCGCUACGUGAUCGACGGAGGCGUCAUGGAGAGGCCAGAAAAUUGCCCCGACAAAUUGUACACUUUGAUGAGGUACUGUUGGCAACACAAACCGUCGUCGAGGCCGACUUUCCUUAAAUUGUGCCAGCUCUUGUUGGAAGACACCAAUCCCAGUUUCGCCGAGGUGUCGUUCUACCACAGCCCCGCGGGCAUCGAAGCCCGAGCCUCUCGACACACUCCCUCCCCCAGCCAAGACGAGCAGUCUACUCCUUUCAGAACGGCGGUCGAGCGACUGAAGGGCUACACGCCUCAAUCGGAGACCUCUGACGAUUUGGACGUUAUCGACACCCACCAUCACUUUCCGAGCAUAUCAGAAAGUGGUAUCGGUGUUAUUACAACUGCCAAUGGUUACGUAAGUGGAUGUCCUACGAAUGGUGCGGCCACAACUCAAUGUUGA